UCUGUGUGUAGAUAACGCUGGAGGUUGUUGACGUUCCCAUAUAGAGAGAAAAAUGUCCGCAGUGUGUGUGUUAGCGCUCUCUCUGGCCUUUACGGCUGUGUCCGGGUAUGAGUUGAAGAUCCCUCCGCAUGAGGAAGUAGCGCGGAUGGCGAGGUUCGUCGUGAACCGGUGCGACUGGGCUUCCAUGGCGACCAUCUCCACUCACGAGCCGGUGAAGGGCCAACCGUUCUCCAACGUCUUCUCCAUCAGCGACGGGCUGCUGGGUAACGGCACCGGGACCCCCUACGUGUACCUCACACACCUGGAGAUCUCCGUGCAGGACCUGCAGGCGAAUCCCAAGGCCUCCCUGUCUGUAUCUCUGGCUCAGACGCAUUUCUGCAAAAACAAAGGUUACGACCCGCAGAGCCCCCUGUGUGCCCACAUUAUCCUAUCUGGCUCGGUACAGGAGGUAAAUGGUACAGAAGCUGAAUUUGCCAAGAAGGUGCUGUUCAGCAGGCAUCCUGAGAUGAUCGACUGGCCAGUUGAUCACGGCUGGUUCUUUGCUAAAAUGUCAAUAAGCCAGGUUUGGGUGUUGGACUACUUCGGAGGGGUGAAGAUGGUGUCGCCUGAGGACUACUACAAAGCUACACCAUUUUGAGGAAUACCUGUAUGAGUGACGUGUGUCGUUUCCUGCUUUCAGACUGUCUCACUUCAGACUUCAGACAGUCGACAGAACAAUGUAUGCCAUGUGUUCGAAACCAUGCAAUGCUUCUUUAAAUGUGUACAUCAUUCCUGGUCUAUACGUGUUGAUGCUCACUGCUUAUCUUGGGGGCUUGCACUUUAAUGGAUCUCAGGGAUGAUGAUAAUAGUUUGAGAUGUUAACGUAGUGUGAUCAUCAGUUAUAAGAUUAUGAAAGGUUUCACGACACAAUAUGUGGAGUCACAUAUUUGUACAAUCUGAGAAAUGAACUUGAUAAAUGGAUGUUACAUUGCAAUUGCAGUAGAUAUAAACAGUUUGACUGCAAAAUGAGAGAACUCCUUUUUUCCAGUUUUGAAGUGUUUAUAAAUGAAGCAAUAAGUACAUUUGGUAGUUGGAAGUUGAUAAAGCAUAUUUGGUAAGCAUGUUUUCUUUUAGCCACAAGGAUGUUAAAAAGCACCAAUGCAGCCGAAAUUGUUUGGGUUAUAGAUUUGUGAAUUUUGUGAGAAUUUUACGUGAACACUAACUCCGCUUCCAAAAGUUUGGUCUCGGUAUAUAAAUCCGUUUGCAGUUUUGUUUGUGAAAAUUUAAGUAUGCAAUUUAAUAUCAAUAAUGUUAGUUAAGGUUUAAGAUGGCACAUUCAUGCUUUGUGAUUUUGUAGUGAGUCCCUGCCUACAAAUUAGAACAUUUAUUAGAAUAAGUGUUAAACGUGUUGAAAAUGUUGCACACAAAUGCAAAGAGAAUUUUAAUUAGAAAAGUUAAGAACAAUUAAAGAAUUUUAGUUUAGAACAGAGAUGUCAGACUGAAACUGAAAUCCAGAAAGGGCUGGUGUGGGUGCUGACAUUUUGUUUCAACAAAACGAAAGUCUCCAUCCACACCGACCCUUUCUGGAUCCAGUUUAACGCUCCAGCCUCACCAGCCUCCUCCUCCAUUACCAGUUUCACUUUCACUUUGGUUUUAUGGCUCCCAAAUGUGCCAAAACCAGUGCUAUUGAUAGCAGGAGCAAGACGAGAAAAAAAAAGGGAAGUAUCAAUUUGGAAGUGAAAUCAUAGUAUCCCACAUAGCUUUUUUUUUAAAUAUGUAAUAUGUUGGGAUGACAUCUAAACCACUAAAUGUCUUAUUUCACUGAACAUAUUGUGUACUACAUUAAUGCAGUGGUAACUGCAACGGCAGUAAUGGUGCAAACGCCUUUUUUCCCCAUUGGCAUCAACAUUCUCUAAUAUUCCAGUAAAUGCAUUAAGUUCACUCGUCGCACCUUUUUUUGCACAGCUGGUGGUUUCAUUUCACUGAUCGUGUGACAAAAGCGAUGUAAUAGAUUUAUUAGGAUGUGUUAAGUUUUGCUUUGUAACAUGGCCAGGUCAUGGUUUGCUUAAAAGGGGAGGUUUAAAGCUUAGGAAAUAAGGAUUUGUAGUGGUUUUUCAGUUUAAACCUUUUAUUAUAGAUAAUUUGGUGUGCCAAAGGGAAAAAUAAAUAAAAAUAAAAAAUAAAAAAAAAA